AUGUUGGCAAUACAUGGUGCCUUCCGGCUUCUUUUGAAUGGAUGGCGGCUUGACCUGGGCGCGUCGGUAGUGCUGUCCAAUUUAUGCCGAGCACAUGGUGGAGCUUCUCGCCUGCAACGGCCAGUUUUCGAGCAGGUGAGCUUGCUCUGGGCGUCAAUCAGGGAGCACGGCAUUGCCGCGGAUUUCAUCGGCAUCACUGACCUGGGGGCUUUGCCAACAAGUGAUGCUGUGGAGAUUGUCAACAUGCAUGCGGCCAGCCUUGUUCGAGAUCGUGCCAGCGCAGAGGCACUAUGCUCUCGCUUGGCUAGAUCGGGUGUUGCUCGGAUGCCAUCUGCGCGAGAAGUGGAAGCACCGCUUGUGUACGUGCUGCAGCACCCUCGAGGGUGGCACAUCCGACAUCAUUUCUGA